UUUUUGUCUAAGCCAGAACAAAACUGCGGGUAAAUUCAAACGGUGCGGGCCUUUACCGAUAUCUUACUAAGGGUUAAUUGAAAAAUUGAACGAGCUUAUAAUUGAGUUCUCUACCCCAUAGAAAUAUAUACGUUAAUAUUAAAAAGCAAUAAUAACAAUGGCUGUCAAAGGAUUAGGAGCUAUAGAUCAAGAAUAUGAUGGAUCAAAAUUAAGAAUUGGUAUACUUCAUGCCAGAUGGAAUAAAGAAAUCAUUGAAUCAUUAGUGGAAGGUGCUAAGAAGAAGUUACUCGAAUUCAAUGUGAAACCAGAAAAUAUCGUUGUUGAAACUGUUCCUGGAUCUUUUGAAUUACCUUACGGUUCCAAAUUAUUCUAUGAAAAAGCCGCUAAAGAAGGUAAACCAUUAGAUGCUAUAAUUCCAAUUGGUGUUUUGAUUAAAGGUUCAACCAUGCAUUUUGAAUAUAUCUGUGAUUCUGUGACUCAUCAACUCAUGAAAUUAAAUUUUGAAUUAGGAGUACCUGUCAUCUUUGGUGUUUUGACUUGUAUAACAGAAGAACAAGCCCAAGCAAGAGCUGGUUUAAUCGAAGGUAAAAUGCACAAUCAUGGUGAGGAUUGGGGUGCUGCUGCAGUCGAAAUGGCUACAAAAUUCAAUUAAUCUUUAUUUAUUUUAUACAUUUCAUUUAUGGUUAGGUCGUAUCUAUAUUUUAUAUUCAUCAUUUAACAUUGUAUAUUGUAUAUUGAUAAAUCAAUUCAGUUUUCAACUAUAUGUUAUAGUUCCUUGUAAGUAUAUUUAGGCGUUUUCCAAAAUAAAAUAUUCUCUCUACGUUUUGCAGCAAAUGGUAAAAUGAGUGGCCAAAUCAACCACACUAAGGAAGCUUUAAAAAAGAGUUCACAGAUGCGAAUAUAAUAAUCAAGAUAUACCAAUAGCAUUUUACUGACCUUCUAGUUAUUCUUAUGUUGGCAACAUUAUCCUCGUA